GCUCGGUCAUUUUCGGACGCCAUGAAAGACACGUCGAGCGCGUUUGUGGCGCUCUUGGAGAAGACGACAGAUUUUGACAAAGAUGAGCGGUACAUGGCGACCUCUGAUUUGUGCAACGAACUCCAGAAAGACGUUGAAAUUGGCCCCGACCUCGAACGCAAAAUUUGCGCGGCGGUGCUCAAGCAGCUCGACGACAAGUCAAACGACGUGCAGUCGAUUGCUGUGAAAUGUUUGGGGAUUUUGGUGACCAAAGUGCAAGAAAAGCAAGUCAGCGACAUUUGUGAAAAGCUCUGCGACUUGAUCUUGAACGGAAAGCAGGAGUUGCGAGACAUUUACUCGAUCGGGCUCAAGACCAUCUUGACGGACGUGAGCACGAAGACGGGCGCGUCCGUCUCGACCACACUUUGCGGACGGCUCUUGAUCGGCAUUGUGCAAUAUUCGGACCAAUCGGUCAAGUCAGACACGUUGGAUAUUCUCACCGAAUUGCUCAAGCGGUUUGGCCACGAUUUCUCCGGUGAACACGUGUCCAUCAUGGACAUCCUCUUGAAGGAACUCAACGACGACCGCGCCUUUGUUCGUAAGCGCGUCACGUCUUGCUUGGGGGCGCUUGGUGUCGUCGCGACGGACGCAUUGCUACAUCGUCUCGUUGAGCAUUUGCUCGCGGAUGUGAAACAGGCGUCGUCGUCCGACUCGUCGGAGGUGCGCACCCUCAUCCAAACGAUCGGGACCCUCAGCCGCACGGUCGGCCACCGUUUGGGUCGCCAUUUGUCGACUAUCGUGCCUCUCUUUUUGACGUUUUGCGGGUCUCCUGACGACGAAUCGAUGCAAAACGACACAGCCAACGAACUCCGCGAGAACUGUUUCCAGGGCCUCGAGGCGUUCGUCACGCGCUGCCACACCGAGAUCGCACCGCACACGACGGACAUAUUGUCAGUUGCGAUCGCGUUUUCCAAGUACGACCCCAACUACAUGUAUGGCGACGAUGACGAUGACACGAUGGAUAAUGACGACGGUGGCGACGACGACGCAUACAGCGACGAUGGCGACAACGACUACAGCGAUGACGACGAUGCCAGCUGGAAGGUCCGCCGUGCUGCCCUUCGCGUGGUCUCGGCAAUCAUCGGAACCCGCCAAGAGCUGCUCGAGUUGAUCUACAACCAGUACAGCGAAACGCUGAUCGGACGCUUCAAGGAGCGCGAAGAAAGCGUCCGCAUCGACGUGUUUGGGGUGGUGUCGGAUCUCUUGCGCGCCACGGUCUUGCUGCAGCCCGCGACCGACAAAUCGGUCAAACGUCCCGUGCUGACUCGCCAACGUUCGUGCGUCGACCAGCUGCACUCCCGCGUGGGCACGAUCAUUGCAGCGGCGAACAAACAGCUCGGGCCAAAGACUUCAGUGUCGACGCGAUGUGCAGUGCUCAGCAUGUUGCGCGAAUUAGCCAAUGUGGAAGAAGGCCGGUUGGGACCAUAUUUGGAUGCACUUGUGCCAAACGUGUUCAAGGCACUCCAGGACCGCAACUCGAGUUUAAAACUGGACGCGAUUUUGUUUUUGCGCCUGUUGAUGACGACCCACGACGCGUCGCACUUUCAAAAGCAUCUCCCUACGAUUGUCCCGUUGGUUGCGGAGAACGCCAAGGAAGAUUGGUACAAGAUCGUUGCCAAGGCGCUACAGCUUAUUGGCGCCAUCGUCCAAGUGGUUCGUCCGUCGCCGGCGAUGACGCCUCUGUCCCCGAACCUUGUCACUUUUGUUCAGCCGUUGUACAAUGCGUUGCUGCCGCGCCUGCAAGCGUACGAUAUUGACCAGGAAAUCAAAGACAACGCAAUUGCGAGCAUGGGAUUGCUCUUGGCCACGUUAGGAGAUCACUUAACGAGUGAACUACCCGUCGUUCUACCGCUUAUUCAAGAACGCGUGCAGAACGAAAUCACCCGCAUCGCUGCCAUCAAGGCGCUUGGGAUAAUCGCCCGUUCUCCGCUAAAACUGGAUUUGACGAAUGUUCUUGUCGACGUGAUCACAACGCUGGCGCAAAUGAUGCGUCAACAGUCUCGCACACUCAAGCAAACGGCCCUCGACACGUUGAUCGCGCUUGCGACUAGCAGGGGUGCAGAGGUAUCCCUGCCCAUCUUGUGCGACACCGUCCGCGAAGCCGCUGGGUUGAUCUCGGACAGCGAUCUCCAAUUGAGCACCCUCGCCCUCACGUUUGUUCUUCGCACUGUACAAGCGUCCCCAUCAGUUGCCCAAGACGCGGCACUGUUGACGAAGGCGUUGCCAAAUGCUCUGGCCUUGGCCGCCAGUGCCCUGCUCCAAGGCCAAACCUUGGACGCGCUGUUUGCUUUCCUUGGUCAUCUCGUCUCUGUCCACGGAUUUGACCAACUGUUCAACGAACUCUACACCACGCCUCGCCCGGACGCAACCAAGCAUGCGCUACAUAACGUUGCGCGAUGUGUCGCGGCCAUCUGCGCCAAAGCACCGGUUCAAUCGCAAAAGAAAGCGUUCGAUUUGUUUGUUCAGGACAUUGGCGGUACCGACGUGAGCCAAACCCACGUCGCUCUCUUUUGUCUUGGUGAAUUUGGUCGCCACACAAACGUCGCGAGCUUUGGUGAUGUACGCGCGCUCAUUUUAGGCUGCUUCCAGACGGGUAAGGCGAGCGAAGAAGUUAAGCACGCUGCGGCGUUUGCCCUCGGCAGCGUCUGCGUCGGCAACAUGAGCGUGUACUUGCCCACGAUCUUGGACGAGCUGAGCAAGGACAGCGGCGUGCACGUGUACCUUCUUUUGAGUGCCCUCAAGGAAGUUUUGUCGACCAAGAACACGGACGUCGUGAACCAAUACGUGUCGGCCGUCUUGCCUGUGCUCAAUAAGCACUGCGAAAGCGACGAAGAAGGCGUGCGCAACAUGGUUGCCGAGUGUCUCGGAAAGCUGGCACUGUUGAACCCUGGGUUGAUUUUGCCGAGUGUAACCCAAUUUUGCAACGCCAACGCUUCCGUCAAGACGCGAUGGACCGCCGUGACGUGCAUGAAGUACUGCAUGGCGUGUAGCCCCGAUGGCGAGCCCAUGCGCCACCUCACCGUACAACCGAUCGUCAACGCCUUGCAAGACGAAAACAUGGGCGUCCGUCGAGCGGCGCUCUUGACGUUCAACUCUGCAGCCCACCAUCAAGCUGCUUUCCUCAAGCCCCAUGUCCGUGACUCGAUCGUACCUCUUCUCCUCCAGACGAUGGACAUCAAGCUCGAGCGGGUCGUGGACUUGGGCCCGUUCAAGCACAAGGUGGACGAUGGGUUGGUGCUUCGAAAGGGCGCGUACGGGUGCCUGGACACGUUACUCGAUACGCUUCCAACCGAAGUAGACGUAAACGCGUUCGCACCGUACUUGAUCAAGGGUCUCCAAGAUCACGAUGACGUACAAACGUCGUCGCAUUUGAUUUUGGCCAAACUGACGACGGUCGCCCCCGGAACCGUCCUGAACAACCUGGACGCCCUCUGUGCCCCGUUGGACAAGACGUUGAAUCGUCGCCCGAAGGAUACCGAGGUGAGCAGCGAAGUCGAGCGCAUCAACGACGUCAUUCGCAGCGCGCUGCGUGCUGUGGACGCUGUGUCGUCGAUUCGUGACGCCGACGUGAAUCCCAAGUGGAAGGCCCUGAUGGACCGAAUCAAAAAGACCGAGAGCCUCUCGGUUAUGUUGGAGGCCAUCUCGAUCGAGCGCGGGGUCAGUUUGGAGGUGUAAGCGCGACUCCGACCACAACCACGGCGUUCUGUCGUAAACCAAGGAACAUGAACUGCAUGCGUUUGGUGGUGCAUCCUACUUCUACCUCAUAUCCUACGUACAAGCGAAUGUUCAUGGAAUGAGCUUCAAUCGCACAGCUGGCGACGUCUUGACGCAAGGCGCGUUGAGCGUCCGUGCCGCCUUCGUCACAUGCUGUGCCAUCGCCAUAUCUUCUUGCAUUCGCUGUUGCCGUUUCUUCAUUUGAUUCCGAUGCCGGGUCAUGUGUUCGGCCAAACUCUCUUCCCGCUCGUACGACUUGUUGCACACGUCGCAGCGAUGCCAUUGCUUGGCCACGUGUGACGACACGACGGUGUUCUUGAGUGGACUUAGCGUUGCAUUCGUCAUCAGUAGCAUUCUGUCAGCAGCCUUCAAGGGGGUUCUUGCACGGAAGACGUCAGCGUUGUUGGGGGAGGCCGUCACUGCAUGGUCGUGGGGACUCGUGCCAGGGUCAGAGGCGUUGGUCACAGUGCCGCGAAGCGGUGGAAGCACCAUGGACACCACGUUGGCUCUGGUUGCACUGGCCACAGGCGGGAGGGGGCUCAACGUAUUGGCCAUGCAGGAUCGAUUCAAUUAUGUCAACUUUCGUCGCAGCCCAGUCGGCGCGACCCUUCGUGGC